AUGAGGGGAUGCCUCACAUGUCGUUUGCGCCAUCUGAAAUGUGAUAAAACUGGAGCAAAAUGUCUGCGCUGCCAACGAUCUGGCCGCGAAUGCGUGCCUGCCCCAGCCAAAUCUGAAGAGGUGUCCUUUCGUCAUGGCCAGAAUCCAUCUCUACGUGGAAAGGGGCCCCCAAGGUACGGGGAGAGCGACCUGGCUUUCCCGAAUGACCAGAUUUGGGUUGACACCUUGCCUGAGUAUGCCUUCAAAGAUGAAACGGACCAGACGGCCGCAGAGUAUUUUGUGGUAGGGGUAACGGGACAUGUGCAUCAAUCCGUUUCCCGAUCAUCAUCUGAGGCGCGCUCAACACCAUCAUCCAAUAUGGAUACUGUGCCAGGGCAAAAUCUCACAUUUCCUUCUUAUAUUGUGGAAUCGCAUGGAUCCCGUUCUGCCUCGGAACAUUCAUCCCAGCUGACUUUACCGACCGGUCAGCCCCGACUAACAAAUGUGAAUGAAGCUUAUUUAUUACGACAUUUUCAGAGACAUCUGGCAGACUGGCUCGAUGCCGGUGAUCCGGAGCGGCAUUUCUCGGCGGAUGUCGCCAGGCGGGCUAGCCAAUCUCCACUCCUUCUAUACGCCUGUAUAGCAGUGGCGGCAUGUCAUCUCUCGCGAACAGCACAUACAGUUUCACCCGAGGUAGCGGAUAGUUAUCAUGAGCGCUGCGUGUCGAUUAUGCUGCCAGUGCUCGAUAAACCGGAAUCAGACAUCGGCAUCGACAUUCUUCUCAGCUCCACUGUGAUUCUCCGAUUCUUCGAGCAAAUUUCAUCUCAUACGCCCUCAAAUGACCCCCAACGUCACCUCCUCGCAGGCUCAGUCUAUAUCAGCUCUCACGUCGACUGCGCUAUAUCCGGCGGUCUAGCCUCGGCUUCAUUCUGGGUCUUCGUAAUUCAAGACAUUCAAUUCGCUCUUACGUACCAGAAAUGUCUUCGGCUAACCUUCGCUCCAUUCGAUGAGCGUCUCCGCCGAUGGUGGGUCGCCAAGCCGGUUCUCAAUGACGGGGACUGGGUCAACCGGGCCAUUUGGUUAUUGGCCGAGACCAUUGAUUUCUGCUACAAUGUCUCUGGUCGGAAUUACGGAGGUCAUCUAGGUGUUGCUGGGGAGAAUGCGUUGAAGCAGCGCAUUGGAGAGUGGGAGUUGACGAGGUCGGAUUCCUUUACCCCGUUGCAUAUCUCGCCGCCGGAUCCUGCGAGGGGGAAGCCGUUUCCUGUUGUUUGGUAUACUAGUCUUGUGCAUUCUACGGCAAUGCAGCAUGUCUGUCUUGCUAAAGCACUUAUGCUGAUCCGGGAAUUUGAGAUGUAUGAUAAUGGGGUGAUAUCAAGGGAACAACGCAUCAAGCUGAAGGAGCAAAUAUCCGAAAAUCUCAACUAUCUCUUCGGUAUUGCGCUAUCGGCAGAUGACGAACCAUCACUGCGAAUAAUGGCUUGCCACGCCUUGUGUGCAUGCAGCGCAUGGAUCGAUGACCCUGCCGCACAGAACCUUCUCUUCGAUCUUCUACGUAGGACUGAAAGGGAAAAUGGGUGGCCGUGGGCUUAUGUUGAGCAACGAAUUCUGCAUACUUGGCAAGGAGGUUCACGAUGA